AGGUUCUUCUUUGGAUUAAACUCUUUACUCUUCUUUAUUUCCUAACGACUCCUUUGUCUUUUCACAUACCCAUACUUCAAAAUGGCUGGUGGUGACGCUAAGAAGGGUGCCAACCUCUUCAAGACCCGUUGUGCUCAGUGCCACACCGUCGAGAAGGACGGUGGCCACAAGAUCGGCCCCAACCUGCACGGCCUCUUCGGUCGCAAGUCCGGUACCACCCCUGGCUACAGCUUCACCGACGCCAACAAGAACAAGGGCGUCACCUGGGAUGACAAGACCCUGUUCGACUACAUUGAGAACCCCAAGAAGUACAUCCCCGGCACCAAGAUGGCCUUUGGUGGCCUGAAGAAGGAGAAGGAUCGUAAUGACCUCAACGCCUACCUCAAGGAGGCUACCGCUUAAGCGAUGUAUGAACCCAAAAAAGAAAGUAUUGUAAUGACAGAGAUAUCAAUAGACGGGGUGCGGCGAUUGUACUAUAGACAAAUUAGAAUAGUCGAAGCAUCAUCACUGUGCUUGUACCAAUAAUAUCCAACUCCGCUUUAAAGGCGAAC